AUGAAUAGUUUUACAACAAACAAACAAAAUAGUAAUAAUAUUAAUAACAAAAACAAAUCAAAGAAAAACAAACAAUUAGUAAAUCAAAGUAAAUCAAAUAAUUAAUUAUUAAAGAAUAAUAAUACUAUAAGGAAUACAUUCGUAGGAUUACCAAAUAUUCUUAAAUUUAACCAGGUUAUACACUGCUUUUCAAAACAGAGAAAUACUUAAGUUAGACAAUCAGCAUAAAAACUUCUUAUUAACAUAAAAAUGUCAAUGAACUUCAUUAAUUAAAUUCUCUCCAGUGCAUAGAACAUCAUGUUCAAUUUGCAAUAGAGACCCAACAAUGUGAGCUCACUCUUCUAGCCAGGGAACAAUCCCUCCCUUUAGUCAUCUGCUUAAAGUUUCAUUUAAAAGCAAGAACAUAAUUCAGACAGCUCUUCCAAAAACUCAGAGAAGGAAGACUCUCCUUCUAAGAAUAAACUUUUCAAUAAUAUUCCAAAAAGUGAAGGAAAGUUAAAGAAGAAAGAAAGCAAUAUUAAUGUGAAUGCAUAAAUGUUAAAUGGGAACAAUAGCAAUGGAUUAACAAGCCAGCAAUUAAACAUGCUUUAAUAAUUAAAUUGCAAUCUCCCCAGCAAUAACAAUGGCUUAAAUCAGCUUAACAAUAUGAAUUUAUCUGCUCUUUAAUAGCAAUCUUAACAAAAUUCUGUAAAUUAAAACUUCCCCUCUUUUGAUAUCUAGUCUCUUCAAACAGAAGAAUAGACAAAAUAGCUUCUUCUCACUAAGAUGAUAAUUUAACAAUAAUAGAUGAUCAACCAAUUGCUUUUGAGCAACAAUACCUUGCCUUAACAGAACAUGUAGCUAUAAAAUCAGCAAUAGUAAUAGUAUCAGACAUUGUUACAAUAAUAGCAAUUAAUAUAAUCCCUCUAGCAAGCUCAGACAUCUAAUUUGUUGAACUAAAAUAACUACAUCCCUACUCCUCAACCUGUUGCUGCUCCCCAGCUCAUUUAGUAAACCCCCGUUUCUGCUAGUGUUGUUACUCCUCAAUUAUCAAACAGAUACUCCUCUAUGAAUGCAAAUGACAAAGUACUCACUACAGAAAAUGACGACUCUGAUGACGAAAACGAUAAAUUCAAAAGCCAACUGAAAAAGAGUAUCCGCAAAAGACAGAAAAAAUUGAACAACUGUGGACACCCAGAUCGUGAACAUUACGCUAAAGGCAUGUGCUCAAACUGCUACCACAAAUACGGAAGAACUAAAAAACCUUGGUUAUGUCCUCAUGAAAAACUUUAUGCAUGUGGUUUGUGUCAAAACUGCUACAUUAACAAAUACAAUCAAAGAAAGAGAACUGAAAAUGACGGUCCUAUGGAUGGAAGCGAAAAAAUUGAAAGUGAUGACUAAAAUAUCAAUUUCUCUGAAAUCGAUUAACCUGAAUAAAAUAAUUAAUUGACUGAUACAGAAAGACCUUAAAAAACAUCAAAGAAACAACUUGAAGCUUAACUUUAAAUUUAAAAUCAAUAAUAGGAAAGCCAAAUUUAACAUAGACAAGCUUAAUAAGAUUAAGCUGCUUAUGGAGAUGAUGAAGAUCAAGGUGAGGAUGAAGACGAAGAAGAUGAUGGAUAAUGA